GAGACGGCUGCGCGGAGGGUACGGUACGCCUGCGGUACGCCUGUGGUACGACUGCUGCACGCCUGCGGUACGCCUGCGGUACGCCUCAGUGAUGUGACGCGCGAGUGACACUGUGUGUGAGUGAAGUGUGUGUGUUUGGACGCGAGUGCGUUGGCCUCAGUCUCCUCUCGGCGUCUGGCGCUGUCCAGGACGCGCCGCCCCAUGCGGCCCCGGAUGGCGCUGGCCGCGCUGCUGCUGCUGCUGCUGCCGGCGGCCGCCCCGGAGCAGGCCGACCAGCAGGCGGUGCCGGCGGCGGCGGGCGACGCGUACGCGGGCACGGGCUGCCUGUUCGAGGGCGCGCGCUACCGGCCGGGCCAGGCCGUGGCCGUGCGCGCCGAGCCCUGCCUGCGCUGCCGCUGCCGCCGCGGCGCGCCCGUGUGCCGGCUGCGCGUGUGCGCCCCCAUGCCCGACCCGCCGCCCCCCGGCUGCGUGCUGCUGCACCGCGCCGGCGCCUGCUGCCCGCAGCUGCACUGCCCCGAGCUGGCCGCCCUCCACGACAACGCCCUCGAGGCGCGCCACGGCCAGCGCUACCGCUCCGACGCGCCCUCCAAAGGCUGCUACCUCAACGGGUCGCUGUUCGCCGAGGGCUCGGCGCUGUCGUCCUCGACGCUGUGCGACUACUGCUACUGCGUGCGGGGCGAGCAGCGCUGCGUGCGGCCCCAGUGCGUGCUGCCGGCGCCCGGGUGCGCGCCCGAGUACCGCGACCACACCUGCUGCCCCACGAGCUACAACUGCGGCGCCAACGGCGCCAACGGCGCCAACGGCACCGCGACGGGCCACGCGCCGCCGCGCCGCCGCCCCGCGGGCUGCACCGUGGACGGCAAGCGCUUCCAGGAGGGCGCGCAGGUGAAGACGGUGGCGCGCGGCCGGUGCGAGUCGUGCUUCUGCAUGCGCGGGCGCGUGCGCUGCGCCCCGCUCAAGUGCGACCUGCCGCUGGAGGGCUGCCAGCCCGUCACCGCGCCCGGCAAGUGCUGCCCGGUGUCCUACGACUGCAGUAAAUCCAGGCUGAGCAGCACAAAAACAGGCUCAACAGCUUCAAACAACAAUCUUAAGGGUUUACCGGGAAGACCAAGCAAGGGCGAGAACACAGUGCGUUCUAUCAGCUAUGAUGCUCGCAGCAAUCGAGAGAUUUCAUCCAAAGACAGCAAGGUAAAAAUUGAGACUCAAAGAACAGAUCAGAGUGAUCUACAAACCACUCAGCUGCCUUUGUCAGAGGAAACUACACUGUUGACUGGGACUGCAGACAAUAUAGCAAUAACCCUAAACACAAAACUUGAUCUUGGAAGCACUCUGGAUUUACUGAGAGUGAAGAACAAUACAGUUAUUCCAGACAAAAACAAAAUUUUGCCAGUGUUAGAGGCAAUGAUAAAUAAAACACGCCAGAAGGAUCAAGAUUAUGACUAUGACUACAAUGAACCUUCAUUACCCCCUUCACUGCCCAACUUAAGAAUUAUCCCUUUCGUGGCAGAAGAUGCUGUGAUUCCUGAGGACAAGGCGAGUGCAGGACAAGGCCAAGAUUCCACUGGUUUAUCAAAGUCGAAAGAGUCUCAGGACAAAAUGGAUAGCUUCUAUUUCUUUUCGCCACCAACUGAGACUGAAGGAGGUUUUGUUCCGAGAGAUCCCACAGUCGACGGUCCAUUUUACCAAGCUAAACAGGACCCAAACAAGCCCGAAGCAGCACAGAAAGUUGCUCCACCAAGAGAUCGUCCCUCUGAAGUGACAAUAAGAACAGUAAUACCUGAUGCAGUUACGCCAGAUCCAUUGCUUGGCAAUGGCGGGAGCAAGCCGUGCGCCUCCGGGGGCCGGCGCUACCGCCACGGCGAGCUGCUCUCGGGGAUGGGCGCGUGCCGGAUGUGCUUCUGCUUCGACGGCGAGGUGCAGUGCCAGGAGCCCUCGUGCGGGGCCGUGCCGCCCGGGUGCACCCGGGGCCCGGCGCCGACCGGCGACCCGGACCGCUGCUGCGGCGCCAUCAUCUGCGGCGACGCGAACAGAGACCGGCCGCUGCUGUUCGCCGGCCUGGCCGAAGGCGACGGGCAGCGCGUCCACGUCGUCGCGGAGCACGCCGUCGUGGCGGAGCCCGUCCCCGACCUGGUGCCGGCGAGGCGACCGGUCCCGUCCAGCACGUCCACGACAACCACCACGACCUCGACCACCACUACCACCACGACUGUGACUCCCUCGACGACGACGAAAAGCCACCGCCACAGACCGACGACCGCGUCAACGACGACGACGACGAGGACGGUCACCAAACCAAUCGUCAAGACAAAGACAACAACUACCAAACCCACCUGGACGACGAAGAGGCCCUCAUCGACCACGUUGAAGACUUCCAAGACCACGGCAGCCCCGACCACAACAGCUCCUGUCCCCAACGUAACGAAACCUACCCCCACCUCCGCCCCCACCCCCUCGCCCCCCACCACGGCCACCACCAAAGCGACGACGACGGCGGCGGCGGCGGUGGAAAAGACGACCACGGCGUCAGGCUCGACCACGACCUCCACGACGACAGCCCCGGCCGCCGCCCCGAGUACGACGAGCACCACGACAUCCCCUAGACCGACGUCGCCACCCACGACGACGACGAGCACCAGGAGGUCACCGCCCCUCCCCGUCCGCAAGGAACGUCCAACUACGACGCCGACGUCGCUGUUCGACGCGCUGUGGGGCAGCGAGGACGAGUCGGAGAACGAGGCCCAGGACAAGGUGGACGACGACGUCCAGUACCACGACUUCGUGUCCACGAACCAGCACGAGCCGGUGCACGAGCAGAGCCCGCCGCAGGAGGACGACUCGUUCUCCUUCGACAAGUUCCUCGAGCUCUUCAUCCAACCGGACCCCACCGUCGCGCCCGCUACGCCCGCCGCGCCCCCGCCCAGCACCUCGACGACAACGACGACCACCACCACCACCACCGUAGCGCCCAGGACGACGACGAGGCCGUCCUCCACGAUGGCGACCUCCUCUCAGGAGCCUAAGCCGGCCGCCACGACGACCGCGGCGCCGCCGUCGACCACGGCCAGGUUGGCGUCCGCCCCGGCCAAGAAGACGGCCUCCGCCUCCGCCGCGCCGCCCAAGCCCAAACCCAGCGCGCCCACCAAGGGGACGACCACCAGCAAGCCAGUGUCGACGACGGGCAGGCCCUCGACCUCCGCGACGAGCAAGCCUUCCUCCACCACGCAGAGAUCCACAAACUUGACAAGCAGGCCGCCGCCGCCGACGACAACGACAAGAAAGCCAGCCGCGACAACAAAACAGCCUACCAAACCUUCCACGACCACGACGUCAAAGCCGACGACGACGUCGACCACGCGAACGACGACCCUCCCGGGCAGCACCCCUGCUCCUACCACCAAGGCGAGCACCACGCCGAAGACGACCGCAGCACCCAAGACGACCACGACGACCUCGACCACUCCGGCACCCAGGACGACCUCCACCUCCACGACCACAACCUCCACGAGGAGGCCGACGACGACAACGACGACCGCGAUGCCGCUAGCCACCUUGCGGCCGUCACUGCUGUUCGGCAGCGUCAAGCACCGGCCCUCCAUGGAGGCGUCGAGCGGCAGCAGCAGCAGCUACCCGGCGCAGCUGCACCACAUGAGCACGCGGCGGCCGCCGCCCGCCUCCACCGCGGCGCCGACGCCGACCCCGCGGCCCUGGCCGGGCCUGGCCGGGCUGCUCAAGCUGGCGGGCUGCAACAUCUACGGCAGGAUGUACCGGGUGGGCAAGAUCAUCCAGGAGCUGUCCGGGCCGUGCCUCGAGUGCCGCUGCACCGAGGUGGGCGUGCAGUGCCAGCAGCUCGACUGCUGAGGCCGCCGCCGACCACCAGGGUGCAUGGCGACGGUUGGCGUGGCGAGGGGUACUUCACUAGAAAUUCAAGCGUCCACCGGUUUUUCUGGUUUUUCUUUAUUUCUUUUUAAAAUUUUUACCCUUGAUUUUUUUUUCUGAGUUUUAACCGAUUUUUGUAAAGGGUUUAUACUGAUUUUUUUUUUUUUUUUUUUUUUUGAGGAAAGUACCUCUUGACAGUUGGUUGUGUGUGAGAGUACAAAGGGUGCUGUUCACCAAAGUGAAAACGAAAAGGAACGCUUACCUGAAACAAGCGUGCCGUUCAGCUGACGACGCGGACUGUUACUGUUCAGAUGGUAAAAGUAAUACCAGUAGUAAUAUAAUACGCAAAGUAAUACUGUUGCUAAUGAUGCAGAGAUGAUCUCAAACCCAUUUCACGGAUUGCGUGCUGGGUGGGCGCCGGUAUAGUGCGUCACUCACUUCAGAUGCAAACCUUAAUUACUUGUAAUAGAAUUUCGAGAAUUUAUUUGUAGACGUGGUAAUGUAUUAUUGCAGCAGUUGCCAUGUGCUAAGAAACGAAAUGUUUUUGUAGACCCUGCCAAUGUUGCGAUACAACUUAGAAUUAGUAAUAGGUCAUUUGUGAGUGAUAAAUUGAAUAGGCCAUAAGAUUUGGGUUGCGGUAUUUAAAAAAACAAACAUUAUGGCUGUGAAAUCGACUAGACACCUCUUUACUUUAAAUCUCACAUGAUAAUAACAUAUCAUAUGACUGAUUCAACACUAGGGGAACACAGAGCAAUUUAAGAUUAAGAGGCAUUCGGUUUCACAGCCGGGGCUGAGUAGGUUAAGAUUUGUGAAUUACAAAUCACAUUGAUAUACAUUAAUAAAUAAGUACCAAAAACCGUAAAAGAAUAAGCGUGUUGUUAUAAACAACAAAAAUUCAAAUGAA